AUGUUGUUUUCAAAUUUUUAUAAUUCUACACACAAUCAAUGGUCAUCUGAUAUGCUAGACACGUUGAAUGCUGGUUCAGUCCGGUUACCGACUGAUAUCAAUAUCAGUAAUAUGGUGAUUUCGCUAUUGUUGGCAAUUUUUGCUAUUACAAUCAUUUGUACAUUAACUGCAUCAAUAUUAUGGGCACGAUCUAAGCGAAGAUCUAAACGUUUAAAUCAAAGAAAGGAUAAGCUUCAAUGUGAGGAUAAAAAUCAUAUUAAUAUGAAAGAAUCUAAUGAGCAUCACUCACACGAGUGUGGAUUACUUGAUGCAAAUACAAAACUAACCUGUGAUAGUAAGAAGACAAAACUGACUCGAGAGCGUAACAAACGCAACAGUAAGCGAUUCAAACAUUACACUAAUCAAAAUAGUAUAAAUGGUCAUAAUAAUGACAAAAAUACUUAUUAUGGUAGCUCUAGCAGUAUGCAUAGUAGUAAGAAUUCUAACAAUAUUAAGUGUAACUUUAACCAUAAUAGUCCUGUUAGAAAUUUAACCACUGAUUUACAUAGUGUAAGUAGUUCAAAUAUCAGUUGUGACACUUUACAUAGAAGUACUGAAACGAAUGCAAAUAUUGACAAAUCACCUAGACUUUAUACAUCACUUAGACAGAAGUGUACAACACAUGAGAGAACUACACCUAUGAAACACUUUUCAAGAACUUUAUUUCCUCGAAAUAAACCAACCACCAGUAGUGUAGAUAAUAAUUAUGUUGCAUUAAACAAGCUUUCCAAUCCUGUAUUACAAAGUGAACAACACCAACAACAACACCAACAACAACAACAGCAACAGUAUUUAUUACAAGAGCAUAAACGGAUAAGAGAAGAAGAUAAAGGACCUGCUGAAUCAGAAUCCUCUUAUCUGUUACCCUGUGAUCUUCUAUCAGUUUGUAACAAACAUAAUCAUAAUGAAAGCAAUACAGGCAUUUAUAACAGUAACACCGGUGCUAAUUUAGUUAACAGUCCAUUAGAUAUUACACAGCCAUCAAGUACACAAAUACAAUACUUAGAACACAAUAUCAGUCAGCAUCAUCUUCAUUAUCGACAACAAUCAAAUUCACAGCAACAGUAUGCAGCACAUUUGUUAACUAUUGAUCCUACUACAUCAAUGUGCUUAACAAAACCAAAAAAUUUGGAAUAUUCAACUCAUCCGUUAUCGGAAGGCUUAAUCACAUGCUGUUCAACUAUUCCGAUUGUUAGUACAUUAUCCAGAGGAUGUCCAACUCAUGGUCCACAUUUAAUUCUUCAUCAUAAUGAAAACAGUGAGUUUACAACACCGACACGUAUAUUUGCCGUCAGUUCAGUAUUAGAAUCAUUUAAAGAUCUGACGACAACAGUAACAACAACAAUGACAACAGCAAAUACGUCGACAAAUUCACUGACAAAAUUACCAGGCAAUCAAUUACCAACCACUUAUGAAUUAAGAUUAGAACCGAUUGCUCAUCAGAUAUUACCCUACCUGCAACAACAGAUCAUAAAGGAGGAUUAG